UAUAUUAAAAAGGAAAAAAAAAAACAGAUAAAAGCCCUGGUCAAUACCAUUUCCUGGAGCCGGAUGAAGGCAUGAGUAGAUAGCUCACAAGGCAAAAGGUUGUCCAAGGACACUGUCACUUUUGGGCUGGUCCUGUAACCUUCUGAGUGGCCAUGGCUGGGGAAAUUGUUUAUGCUGAUUUAAGGCAUCUUGGAGAUGGUUCUUCUCCUGCUGAGAAACGUUAUGCUCCUGACUCCUGUCCAUGGUGGCACGGGCUCCUCCUCAAAGCUGGGGGGCUGGGGCAAUUCAUCCUGCUGGUCCUGGUGGUGGUACUGAGUGUGCAGGUUUUUCAGGGCUCUCCGCAGCCAGUGGUGAUGAGAGUUCCCCAGCCAGGUGAUGAGAUCCAAGGAAGGAACCAGAAGGAGCAAUACAUGUUUUCAUCCCUGGUGCGGUAUUUCUGCAAGCCCCAAGUGGAGAGCCCCACAGCCUAUGCUGGCUGCAAGCUGUGUCCCCAGGACUGGCAGCUACAUGGGGAAGGAUGCUACUGGCUUUCUGAGGAAUUGGGAAACUGGACUCAAGGCACAAAAAGCUGCAAAAAUCAAGACUCUCAGCUGGUGGUACUCCAGGAAAAGAAAGAAAGGGAGCACAUCAAGGUUAUUACAGGCAAAAGCCCACCACCAGUGUGGAUUGGAGUAAGGUCGCAUCAAAAGGAGUGGAGAUGGGUGGAUGACACACCCUUCAACCCCAAAAUGUUUGGCACCUCCCUGGAGGAGAUGGGUGAAGGGUGCGGGACACUAAAAGCCAAGGGCUUUGAGGUUCAUAGAUGCGAUGCCAAACACAAGUGGGUUUGCAAAAAAAACCCCUUCCAGCUCUACCCAAUAACAGCAGGAGGCGAGGAGAAACACAAUGCCUCCAUCUGACACAUGCCCACCCCAAAAUGCCCAUCCCAUGAGAUGCUGAGGUGGAAUCAGCCCCGUUCUCAUCAUUAUGUCUUUGCAGAAGAUUUCAGGCUUUGCAAAUCCACUUCCCACAAGGAUCAAGACCAGCUUGGGAGGCACAGAUGAGCCCCUGAAUGGGAAAUCAGAAAAGCCUGUGCCUCAUGCACAGUGAUGAUAGAGGAUAGAGCUACAACAUCAAUAAAAGCUUAUCAAAGUGGUUUGCCUCAAUUUACUGAGAUAACUCAGUGCCUGUGCAAAGGUGGGUGCAGAUGAGAUGGGAAGCAAGCUAUCCAGGGCUACCCUCACAAAAUAAAAUGUGCUUGGAACUCUGCAUAUGUGGAUGGGAAGGAAUGAAGUACUCCAGAUUACCAUGACAACAGGAUUCAUACUUGGAUGAGGGAGAUGAAUUAUCCUGGGUUGCCAUAGCAAAGUCUUCUUGAGCCCUACACCACACUUGUCUCUAGUUCUCUUUCUUCAGAAGCCCAUUAACUCUGUUCUGACCGAAGGAAGUCAGCUCUGCUCCAUAUAGGUGACACAGCCAGACAGAAGAUACUUUCUUAAACUCCCAGCACAGGAGGUAAGCUAUACAGUACACUGUCAAAUAUCUGGCUUAGAAACUACAGCAAGUGUUUUGCCUUCCUGAAAUGAGACAAUAAACUUAUCACAAUGGAUAUUCUGUUAUAAAAGUUGCUACUACCUUCACUUGGAUGAGUUCUGUGUCUUUACAGAGGCAAGGACAUGUUCACUUCUAAUUAGACUGAAAACAAACCCCGCAAUUUGGCGUUUUCCAAACAAAACAAUGGUACAAGGUUGGCAGUUUUCAGAAAAAGCUAAUAAUGAGACUAAUAUGUUUAAUCCCAUUCCAGGUUUCAUUUCCCUAGUCACGUUUCUUGUCUGCCUUUUUAAUGGAUCCCAGCUUUACAAUAACCACGUACUCUUCUGUGAACUUUUGGCACAUGGAAAGAAGCCAAUAGUCAGUUUUGCCAUAUGAGAUCCAGCUUCUGAUGUAGCAAGGACAUAGGCAGGCACUGGUUCGUCUCCUGAGGAAUACACUUUGUUUUUCUGAAUAUUUUUUUAAUUUAGAAAGUAGAAAGAAGAUAACAUACCCUACUGUACAAAAAGUAAGCAAAAUCUCUAAGCUGGAUACUUUUGCAGACAACAACAAAGCAAGCACCUGUAUUUUGAGUCAUGAAAGAUACGUAGGUACUGUACAGAAUAAAGAACAGGUGUUCUAUAGGGCCAGAAUACGACGA